CAGGCUCUGCUGGAGAGCCUCUGUCGUGUUCACGCUGGUCUGUCCCCCGAUUGAUGCGGGUUUGGCGUCGAGGCAUCGGGACUGACCUCCUUGUUUUGUUUUACUAAUUCAGUGCGGCUGCGUUUCUGAACACACACACAGCGUCCUGCACUCCAGCAGCAACAUUUCGGGAAUUACGGUGUCGUCCAGCGCCGGUGGAGGGGAGAAAGGAGCGGAGAGGGACGCGAGAAAGAGGCAGAGGCAGAGGGGUUUGCACUUGGCUGAGGUGCUUUGCAGUCCCAGCUGUUCGUCUGCACGACUGCGGGUUAGACUGGAGAGACUAGAGAGCGACGGAUAGGAGGAGGGAGCCUGAAAGAGAGCUAUCCAGGGUAAAGUCUGUAGGAGAUGGGAGUUGGGUUUCUGGCCACAAGUGAAAGGUUCCACACACUACUGCCUACCGCUGAGUCCUGUUCUCUCCUGAGACCCCCUGCUCGUCACUCCAUGAUUUCUCUAUAGUGUGCAGACAGAGCAGCCAUGUUCAGGAACAGCUGGAAGGCGCUGCUGAGUGGUGGCAAAUCCAACCGCAAGAACCGCAACAGUGGUGGCAGCUCAGCGGAUGGCGAGUGUGUGUUUGAAGGAGAUUACGCUGUGCCUCCUCUGCCGGUGACCGAGGGCAUGCAGCACAUUCGCAUCAUGGAGGGAGUGUCACGCUCUCUGCCUUCAUCACCACUGCUCUCCCACCAGGCCAUCAACAUGAGGCUGCAGCCGCUCAAAAGACUACCAGGGGAGGACAGUCAGGAGCUGGGUCCCCCUCCAUCAGCAGACGAGGCAGCAAACACCCUGAUGACGCGGCUGGGCUUCCUGCUCGGGGACAAAGUGGCCGAGGGCUCUGACAGAGCCCCGUACGGCAUGGAGGAGCAGGACGAUAGUCAGGCCAUCUCUAUGACCCAGAGGAUCAGUCCGUGCUCCAGUCUGGCCAGUAGCUCUGCGUCGCCCCCUCCUGGCAGCCCCUGCUCCACACUGCCCCCUGGAGCCCCAGGCAGUGCGGGCGCUUACGGCUCCAUCACCAGCCCCACGUCCACACUGGAGAGCAGAGACAGUGGCAUCAUUGCCACCCUUACCAGUUACUCUGAGAAUGCGGAUCGCAGUGGUAAACAUGGCGAGAGUUCCAGAGGGAGCCUCAAACUUUGGCAGACUCAGAAAACGGCGGGCGCUGACUCCUUCCUUUACCGUGUGGAUGAAAACAUGGCUGCCUCCACGUACAGCCUCAACAAAAUCCCAGAGAGAAGUCUGGAACACUCUGCUUCCCACUCCGCGCACUCCAUCCCCCUCUACCUCAUGCCCCGCCCCAAUUCUGUGGCUGCCACCAGUUCUGCUCACCUGGAGGAUCUGGCGUAUCUAGAUGAACAGAGACAGGCCCCCCUGCGCACUUCCUUGCGAAUGCCCCGUCAGAACUCAGGGGCAGGCCGCUCCGGGCAGGACCUGAGAGUGCGCUUUGCCCCGUACCGCCCACCGGACAUUGCCCUGAAGCCCCUGCUGUUUGAGGUGCCCAGUCUGACGCCCGACACUGUCUUCACGGGGCGUGAAUGGCUGUUUCAAGAAGUGGAUGCCCAUCUCCGUGGCAGCGAGCCCACCAAUCAAGGCGUUGUCAUCGUGGGUAACGUGGGCUUCGGCAAGACGGCCAUCAUUUCCCGUCUGGUGGCACUCAGCUGCCACGGCAACCGUAUGAGACAGAUCGCCUCGGAAAGCCCACAUUCUUCACCCAAACAUGGUGACACUCUGCCCCUCAGUCAGCCACAGUCGACUCAUGGCACACUUGUGGGGGGCAGCAGUUGCCCCGGUACUCCAGAGAUGAGGAGACGCCAGGAGGAGGCGCUCCGAAGACUGGCCUCUCAAGUGGUGGCAUAUCACUACUGUCAGGCAGAUAAUGCCUACACAUGUCUGGUGCCAGAGUUUGUUCACAAUGUUGCAGCACUACUGUGCAGAGCUCCUCAGCUGCAAGCCUAUCGCGAGCUGCUGCUGCGCCAGCCCCACCUGCAGAGCCUGCUCAGCCUGCGCUCCUGCGUCCAGGAGCCCAUGACAGCUUUCCGCAAAGGCCUGUUAGAACCUCUACACUUACUGCACAGAGAGAGGAAGGUGGCAUGUGAUGAGGAUCUUAUCAUUUUGAUUGACGGGCUGAAUGAGGCGGAGUUCCAUAAGCCUGAUUAUGGAGACACCAUUGUUUCCUUUCUGUGUAAAAGCAUUGAGCGUUUCCCACCCUGGCUCAAACUGAUGGUGACCGUCAGGACAUCCCUACAGGAUGUGACCCGCCCAUUGCCAUUCCACCGGAUCUCUCUGGACCGGCUGGAGGAGAGCGAUGCCAUAGAUUCAGACCUGCAAGGUUACAUUCUGCACCGGCUGCACUCCAGCCAGGAAAUCCAGAACAAUGUGGCCCUGAACGGCAAGCUGGACAAUGCUGCCUUUGCCAAGCUCAGUGCCCACCUCAAGGGCCUGAGCCGUGGCUCCUACCUCUACCUGAAGCUCACACUGGACCUCAUCGAGAAGGGCUACCUGGUACUCAAGAGCUCCAGCUACAAGGUGGUGCCGGUGAGCCUGGCAGAGGUGUACCUGCUGCAGCUGAAUAUGCGUUUUCCAACACAGUCGUCAUUCGAGCGGGCUCUACCUCUGCUGAACGUGGCCGUAGCCUCGCUCCACCCACUCACGGACGAGCAGGCGUUCGGGGCAGUGAACGCUGGGGCUGUGCGGGGUGCUGUACUCGACUGGGACGACUUCCAGCAGCGCACAGAGCACCUCUCACCAUUUCUGGUGAAAAGGCGCGAUGGUACGCGCAUGUUUGUACAUCCAUCCUUCAGAGAGUGGCUGAUCUGGAGGGAAGAUGGAGAGAAGACCAAAUUCCUGUGCGACCCCAGGAGUGGCCACACACUACUGGCCUUCUGGUUCUCCCGGCAGGAGGGCAAGCUCAACCGACAGCAGACCAUCGAGCUGGGUCACCACAUCCUCAAAGCACACAUCUUUAAGGGUCUGAGUAAAAAAGUCGGGGUUUCAUCGUCCGUGCUGCAGGGGCUGUGGGUUUCUUACAGUACAGAAGGUCUGUCUGCUGCUCUUGCCUCCCUGCGCAACCUCUACACCCCCAACAUCAAGGUCUCUCGUCUGUUGAUUUUGGGGGGAGCUAAUGUGAACUACCGUACAGAGGUGCUGAAUAACGCUCCGGUACUGUGCGUACACGCCCACCUGGGUUACCUGGAGAUGGUCGCCUUGCUGCUGGAGUUCGGGGCAGACGUCAACGGUGCAUCAGAGAGCGGUCUUACUCCACUGGGCUAUGCUGCUGCUGCCGGCCAUCUGCCUAUUGUCAAUGCCCUCUGUGCCAAGAAAGCCACGGUGGAUCAUGUGGACAGGAACGGGCAGUGUGCUCUGGUUCAGGCAGCACUGCGAGGCCACCUAGAGGUGGUGAAGUAUCUGGUGCAGUGCGACUGGAGCUCAGACGAGCAGGAGUCCUCAACCUUCAGCAAGAGCCAUGCGGUCCAACAGGCCCUGAUAGCAGCAGCUAGCAUGGGUUAUACUGAGAUUGCAUCAUACCUACUGGAUCUCCCAGAGAAAGAUGAGGAAGAGGAGGAGCGUGCGCAGAUCAACAGCUUUGACACACUGUGGGGGGAAACAGCUCUAACAGCAGCAGCUGGUAGGGGGAAGUUGGAUGUGUGUAGGUUGUUGUUGGAGCAGGGGGCCGCUGUGUCUCAGGCCAACCGCCAUGGCAUUGUCCCUCUGUUCAGCGCUGUCCGCCAGGGACACUGGCAGAUUGUGGAACUCCUGCAGAAUCAUGGGGCGGACGUGAACAUGGCGGAUAAACAGGGUCGGACUCCUCUCAUGGUGGCCGCUUCUGAGGGUCAUCUGGCCACAGCAGAGUUCCUUCUUGGACAAGGUGCCUCAUUGGCUCUCAUGGACAAGGAAGGUCUUACCGCACUCAGCUGGGCAUGUCUGAAAGGCCACCUCCCAUUGGUGCGUGUGCUGGUGGAGAGGGGUGCAGCCACCGCUCAUGCAGACAAGAGUGGACGCACCCCACUAGACCUUGCCGCCUUCUAUGGAGACUCAGAAGUGGUGCAGUUUUUGGUGGAUCAUGGCGCGAUGAUUGAGCAUGUGGACUACAGCGGCAUGCGGCCUCUGGACCGUGCGGUGGGCUGCAGAAACACAUCGGUAGUGGUAGCACUGCUGAAGAAGGGGGCCAAGAUAGGAUGUCAGACCCUCCCCAGCAGGGCCCGAGGUCCAGCGACAUGGGCAAUGGCUACCUCCAAGCCAGACAUCAUGAUCGUCCUCCUGAGCAAGCUGAUCGAGGAAGGAGACGGAUUCUACAAGAAAGGGAAGGUGAAAGAGGCAGCUCAGCGCUAUCAGUAUGCCCUGAAGAAAUUUCCCCGAGAGGGCUUCACGGAGGACCUUAAAACCUUCAGAGAGCUCAAAGUCUCCCUGCUGCUCAACCUGUCCCGCUGCCGCAGGAAAAUGAACGACUUUGGCAUGGCGGAGGAGUUUGCCUCCAGGGCUCUAGAGUUGAAACCCAAAUCCUAUGAGGCCUAUUACGCACGAGCCCGCGCCAAGCGCAGCAGCAGGCAAUUCCACGCAGCCCUGGAGGACCUGAGUGAAGCCAUGCGCCUCUGCCCCAACAACCGAGAGAUCCAGCGCCUGCUGCAACGCGUUGAGGAAGAGUGUCGCCAGGUCGUUCAGCAACAGGAGCUGGAUCCGCCCCCUUCUCCUCCUCCCCAUGACAGAGACCCGCCAGUGGCCCCGCCUCCCCCGCUGGAGCCCCGCCUCUCAGACAUGGAGCCUGUGCAGGACCUGUUUGAAGAGGACGAGGAUUACUUGGAGCGGGAUAUGGAUGGUCUUCCACUAGGCAUCACUGCUGAGCCUCGUUCUAGUCCAUCAGGCUUGCCUGUGAUUCAGAACAUCAUGCCUCCAUCCCCCAGCCACCGGGACUCCCCCUACCUGACUGGAGGCCCUUCAAUGGGCCAGGCCUUUGACCUCCGCCCCACUCCUCCCUCUAUGUCUUCGCCAACCCGCCAGGGCUAUCAGUCCACCUCUCCUUCCCUCUCUCCCACCCACCAAAGCUCUCAUUAUCGUCCAAGCCCACCUCAUACAUCCCCAGCGCAUCAACCGUCUUCCUCCUCCUCCUCUUCCUCCUACCACUUCAGCCCUCCUCCGUCUCCUUUACGCCGGGCUGGGCCACAGUACCGCUCCAGCCCCACCUCCACCUCUGAGAACAUGGGCCUGUACCGGCCUCAGUCAGCCUCCGCUGCCUCGUCGGGCCGCUACCAGCAAGAUCAGCAGCUUUCAGGUCGCCCCAAGUCCCCUCUCUCCAAAAUGAGCAGCCAGCGCUCUUUUCAGGCUGCUCAGCUUCCUCCUCAGCAGCAGCAACAGGGCCAGUGGCUGCAGCCAGCCAAGGCCCAGAUUGUCCGCACCAACCAGCCGAGCGCUUCUGUCCACUCUAGUGCUGUGCUGGGCAGUGGUGCUUACAGCCAGAUGGCCCAUUCUAUGAGUGCCCGCUGCCCUGGAGACAUGGAUGAACUUGGGGAAGUUGGUGGCUAUCCUGCUCAACUGCAGGGGUCGCUUUAUCCGCGGGCGCUCAGCAUGGAUCCCAGCACAAUGGAAGAAGAACUUCCUCAAAGGCCAUCAUCUGCAUACCGACCCAGUGCUCCAGGGUUGCGCUAUGGCCAGACGCCCCAGAUCAGUCGCAGCCAGUCUGCUGCCUAUUACCCCAUCUCGCCCCAUGAAAUUGAGAGGCAAGCGCAGCUGGGGUCACCCGAAAACCCUCAUGCUCUGAGACGCCCUGUUAGUGCCACCAGUGCUGAACCCAGACCGCACCUGCCCACUCCUCGCCCAUUGAUCCACUCACAAAGUGUGGGCCUGCGCUUCUCCCCAUCCAGCAGCAGCCUGGGCCUGGCCGUUGGUUCCGCUGCUAAUCUAGGCCCAGGCUUCAGGCCUUCAGCAUCAGCGCAGCAAAUGGAGAUUCCACUUAAGCUGGCCUAUGAGGGUGGCUACUGCGAUGCCCCAUCUCCCGUUUCCCCACCCAGUAUGGUGGCGGGAGGCACAUACCCAGGAGAAAGUGUGCGAUCACGGGCUACGCCCUUCAUGGGCAUCAUAGACAAGACGGCACGAACUCAGCAGUACAUGCAGCAGCAGCCUUCAUCACUUGCCCCUUCCUCUUCAUCCUCCCGUGCUUGGGCUGUCUCGUCCCUAGACACAGUGGUCAGCAGUCCAGCCACAUCACCUGGCAACACAGGCUAUGGGCAGCAGUCCCUUGGCCACAUUGCCUACUACAACCGCACCAACAACGCCCACAAUGGGCACCUGGCCGAGGAUGACUACUAUGUGGGUCGGGACAGGGCCGACAACAUGGGACGGGUCAGCCAGGCACCCACCUACCCAGACGUUAAAGUGGCCCGGACGCUGCCGGUGGCCCAGGCCUACCAGGACAGCGAGUACAGGCAGGUGGGCCGUGGUGACCGCCAGGGUCCAACCUCUCCCAUCAAACCAAAGAGGCCCUUUGUCGAGUCAAAUGUGUGAGACUGCCUGGGACAGCGUGUUAAUGUAUACUAGGACAUGAAUGAAGAACCUGAAACAUAAGUACUAUUGGAGCUGGAUUAGUUUUAGCAGAGGAGGUUGUGAGGGAUCUGACUGGUUGAUUCGUGCAAGAAAUAGUAUCUAUGUAAUUUCUUCAAAUUCUCAUAGAUAGCUUGGACUGAAAGUCAUGGAUUUUGUUGGUAAUCACUGAAGCUACACAAACACCUCAGGUAAAACUAAUCCAGCUCUAUUGGACCUAUAGGUACACAUACAAAGCCUAUUAUUGUUUUCCCCUUUUCUGUGGUGUAAACAUAGUCUAAAGCUGAAUAUAUUGACCUUUAAGUGUGUGAAAGGAGGUAAACGGCAGUGCUGUAAAGGCAUCUGUUUUGGACAUACACAGCAAGUGACUGGGACAUGCAGGACGCCUCAGGUGCCUCAGCUGGACCAGACGGCUGUAACUGCUGCACACCAAUUAAAAAUGAACAGAUACCAGUACUAAUAUCAAUAAGACAGAUGUGAGCAGUCUUUGGUGGACAAGAGUGACUGUUAUAAAGCAUAACGCUUCCAUAUGCAGGACUACAGAGUGAUGAAAGCAAAAAAUUGUAUUCAUGAUCAAAAAAUUUGAAUCUUUGUCAGCAGUGAAAUAAAAUGGUAUUGGUGCAUUCCUAGCACCACUUUAAUGCUCUCUGAAACUCCAUAGGUGGGCUAGAGUCUUAACAGCUUGCCAUUGUUCUGAAAGUGCUGUUGCAGAGCCUGGACCACACUAAAGCCACUUUUCCACUGUACGAUACCGAAUCAACUCUACUCCCUUUUUUUGGUUUUCCACUAGGCAAAUCUUGUACCUGGUACCAGGCAUUAUUUUUGGUACCACUUCAGUACCAAAAGUAAGAAUCCAAGCGAGCUGAGCAGAUGCUAAAAGGUGAAGUAGAGACAAUACAGACUACUGAUUGGUCAGAGAAUAUUGCUAACCACAUAUGCUAGUUACUAGGUUAGUGUAGCCUCUUGAGUCACCUUUGAGAAACCAAACCCGCUUCAUCGUCUGAACUCUGAUGUAAUAUUUCCCAAACUUUACUGUUUUUUCAGCAGUAUAUUAUCUUGCGGAUAAAACUGCCUUUUUUGAACAAAAAUUAAUCUCCUUCAGGUCUCAGGAGUUUUAUGCGGCAUCACUAUGACAACCCGCUACAUUGAGAGACUACUAAUCUGCUGUGGAAAACAAAGUAGCUGGUACCCAAAGUGAGUAGAGUCAAGUUGAGUCGAGCCAUAGAGGCAGUGGAAAAGUGGAUUAAGGCUCAGUCAGAAGUGGCUCCCUACUUUCUGUAGUCCACGUAUACGUAAUAUACAAUGCUGUAUGUCCAAAAGGGGCCACAAGCAAAAGCUCACCACCAGACCCGUCAAAUUUCAACGUUUCACACAAUACAUUCACCACUUUUAAUAAAACCAUUGCUUUUCACCCUCCCACACAAGAACCAGAGACGGCGUGGUCAAAGACGCAACUGUAUCAAGUCAGAAUUCACCGUCUGUAGCCACCGCUAUAGCUAACAUGGCAGUAUUCUCAUUAAUGUUCUGAAUAUUUUCUUUUUCCAAAGAAACACCUGAUUGGUGCUGUCUUUGGCACUGAAGCAUAUUUGUUCAUUUUAAAUGCAAUAUAAAAUGACUAGGAAUGCAUCAGUACCGCAGCUGGUAUCAGGUAUUGGCCUGAUACUGUGCUUAUUUACUCGACCUCAAAAAACACACCAAUACCAACAUCUGAUACCAUGUGACGUACACUGGCACACUAGAGAACAAAUGACUCAAGUUGGCAGUGAACAAGGGUCUGUUCCUGAUCACAUGGAGUUUGGACGCAAAGUUGCUGCUUUUAGCCUGCACACAAACACAGUUAGCCACUUCACCAAUACGAGUGGACAUACACAGGCUGGCUAAAUGCUGAUUUUACUGUUUAACUGAAUAGAAUUACGAGGUACCAACGUUAAUGUGUUAAUUUUUUAAGUUGUUUUUGUAAAUUAGACUUUAGAGAGACCAUAUGUGUAUAUUUCAGUGCAUGGUGAGGUUAGCUGAGCUGCUGUGGCUCAGUUUAUCAGCAUGUUUGCUCAGUACUCGGUGCGCAGCGUGUUAUUUUGAACGAAACAACUUUAAUGGAAAUUGUCCAGAACUGUCAGUAGAGGCUGCAUUUCAUGUCAAUCAGACUGAGCGUUUUCAUACAGUGAGCACAACUAUGGCCUAUUUGAAUGUACAGGGAGUUGCCCAAGAUCAAUAUGGUCUGGCUUUUGAAGACAUUUAACUACAGCUCAACCAGCCAAUAAAAAUACUGCUUAAUUCUAAACAGGUUACUCCGGAUGGUACCAAUGAGUUUUCAAAAAAAAAAAAAAAAAAAAAAAAGUACUCCUACUCGGUCUGGAAAAAAAGGUAUUGAUGCAUCCCUACAAAUUUUUAAAAGUUAAAAAACUAAAAGUUUUGGCCUUGAGAAUCAUUGACUUGGUGACCUAAAUGAAUCGGUUUACCUCUUCUCUCUAUUCCAUUUCUUGUCAUCACUAACACCCCCCCCUUGCAUAGCUAUGAAUUUGCAUAAUACAGUAAUACAUAUUAUGUAAUACACAAUAAUACUACAUGCUUAAGAUCAUUUGCUAAAGGUAAUAGCUAACCCUUUUUGAACCUGCACCAGGUAGCUUAAAGUAACAGACAUGCUACACCUAGCUAACUAGCUCUGUUAGCAGAGUAUGGUAAGUCAACAUUAAUGUUGGCUAGCAUUUUCCUUCAUUUGAAGACACAGUUUACUGAAACCAUUUGCAGUCAGCAUGUAGAGGCAAUGAUAAAAAUCAUCGCACAGGGCUAGCUAACGCUGGCUGGAAAAUGCUUAUCCUAUGUGGUAAUGGUGCAGCCUGAGAACUAAAGUUUUUUAGACUUUUGUACAGAGGCUGCCUGUAGAAACUUUGCUCGACCCUUUUGAGAAUCAGAAUGCCCUUCAAGAUCGCAGCGAGGAGUCCCUCAAGGCUAAAUGCAAGGGAGUCUUUUAUUUCUAUAAUGCAUACAGGCGACCCCUAGAAAGUGCUUUACACAAAAAACACUGUGAGUAAUCAGUGGACAGUACGGGUGUGAGUCUUGCCCCAUGUAGAGGGAGUCAUUUCAGACUACGCCAUGGUGUUAGCCAGCCUGCUAUCUGAUCUGAACAUCAACGCUAGUCCAUCCCAGAGGCCACCUGUGAGGAACACCAAGCGGCCUCGUUUGUAGAUAUGGCUGUAAAAGGUCGUCCUAUUAAACAUGUACAUAGCUAAAUCAAAAACAAAAAAACAAUGUAAUAUUUAUCAUUUUAACUUAUGUUUGUACAAAAAAGAUAUACAUACUUUAUUUUGCUCUUGAUGCUCUUGUUGUGAUUUUUAAGUUUGCUUCUUGCUCCUGAUAGGUCAGUAAUGUGAAUUUUUUUUAAGGGCAUUUUGGUUCAGAAUUGACCUGCUCAUUUAAAACAAUUACAGCUUUGAUAAAAAUAUAAAAGUAUAAAAAUGGAAACAGAUAUGCUGUGACUUAGACAUUCAUUUGACCUCUUCUUAAAGGAGGUCACGUAACAUUCAGGACAUUCAUCUCUGGAUACAACGUGACUGCUUCCGUUAUUUUCAUCUCAGAAAGUUCAUGUCAUGACAGUGACACUGAUGGUGUAAAAGAUCUUAGUGUGAAACAGAUCAGGAGUUUAUCCAGGUGGGGUUAUUAUUUUGAAGUUUUGCUAUAAAUAAUGUGCUCUUGGGAACAGACUGUGGAGAACAUCACUUUUGACUCUCGGCAAGACACCACUUCUGUAAUUCUUUUUUUUUUUUUAUGGCUCCUCCCCUUUUCUUAUUGACUUCUGACACAUAGGUUAACUAAUAGCUUUGCAUCCUUCCCUGAGAAGCUGUUCAUAAAACAGGUGACUAUUUAUUUUAAAUGUUUCUUUUUCAUGGUGGCCCCAGCCAUACGCCAGAUACAGUCCAGGAACCUUGCAGGACCUCAUCGUUCCACAGGUCGGCACCGAUUGGUCACUCCAAAAUCACAAAAACUGGAGAUGGGCAAAUUCAAUAUCUUAAUUUAGCCAAUCACUUUCAACUGCUGUGGAAAGCUCAUUGAACUCAGCUUACUGUAGACGAUGUUGCUUUUUGAAGGCUUGUUUCUUUUUGUAUGACUGACUUGUAAAUGACUGUAUAUAUUGUGCUUAAUUAGAGUGCAUGCUCUUUGCUGAUACACACUUGGAGGUGUGUGUGUGUGUGUAUGUGUGUACGUAUGUGUGAGUGGUUUGAUUUAUCAAUAUAUAGAAUGGGGAAAUGACUGGCACAAUCUUUUUCCUUUUUUCCCCACAUUUGGACAAAAAUAACAUCAGUUUGUUUUGUUUUCCGAUUUUGUAACUUUUAUUUUCAUUUGGAUUCUGUUUUAACUCGGGCUUGUUAUGAACAGCGUUCUCUGUAAAUGGUCAGAGUGGCGGCGUUUUGUGGAGAGCAAAGCCAACAUGAAUGCAUUUUUAACCCUGUUAAUGAUUGUAAACUGUACAAUCAACUGUAUGUUAAGGGGAAAAUAAUGUACUAAUUUAAAAACGAUUACCAGUACACGGAAGCUCCAGCUCAAAUGAA